AUGCGAAAGAGCUUAUACGCUAUUGUCAGCUCUAGUGCUUUGAUGCCCGAAAGAGCGCCUGGUGCAGCAUUGAGACAGCCUUCGUGGAUCGAGGAGUUUCGGGUCUAUCGAGCUUUAUGGCACAUAAAGUUGAAGUCAAACAUAGCCAAGGCAGCACAUGGCUCUUGGGUCCACAACCAAUACUCGUCAGAACUUCGCUGGGGGGGUUGGAAUUGGAAACCAUCCGACCAAGAACGAGUCUAUAGUUGGUAUGAGAGCAGAGUGAACCCCCGGGACCUCAUUGAGGCUAUUGCCACUUCCGACGUUCUCAGCAUGAUUCCUGUGUCUUCAAAAAUUGUCUCUGACAAAGUCUCUCUAUCGAGCAUUGAGGCAAAGUAA